CAUCCUACAAAAUUAUUUUUUACCUACUAAGACUUGAAUUAUCAAUACGGCAGUGGUGAAAAGUUCAGAUGGAUUUAUCAAAUAUAUGCCGUGCCUGUUUGUCGCCGGAAGAUCGGGUGCAUCUGCUAGAUUGGUAUCAGCCUGUUGACUCUUUGGAUAUAUCAUACAAAGAGUGUUUUUUGUAAAUGUACACAAAUUAAUUUAAGUUUGAAAGAUGAUCCAAAUGAACUCGAUGAUGCCCGGAUGCAAUAUCUAUGCCUUGAUUGUGCCCAAAAACUUAAAGACGUUUAUGAUUUUAUUGAAAAGGCGAGAAGGGCUGAUAAUGAAUUACGUUGCACACAAACGGAAAAAGUGAAGAUAGAAAGUAUAGCCAACACUUUUGAAUGGGUUCCAGUACAUGAAGAGCUAAUGGAAGUAACUAAGAUGCCAGAUACUGUAGAUAUGGAUCACGUAGAGGAUAUAAAAGUAUCACCAGAAUGGAAUGAACAUUUUAUGGAUGAUGAUGAAACAUCUGCAUCAAAUGAUAUCGAACACGAAAUAAAUAUUGAUAAAAAACUUAGUACUGACACUACAAAAACAACAAAGUUUCUAGUUGAAUCGGAUAAGGAUAUGCAGAGCGGCAAUAACUUAAAUGAAGCUGGGCUGGUCUUAUCGAAAAAAAGUAAACAACUCAAUCUUGCUCAUACAAGACCUAAAAACGUAAAGAAAACAAACAAAGUAAAAUCCGAGGUGAAAACAAAAAAGAAAGUCAAGGACAUGUCUGAGCCGGUGAAGUGUGAAGAAUGUGGGAAAAUCAUGAAGAGAAGCUCAUUAAAAAAACAUAAGCAACGUCAUAAACCAAAAACUUUUCUUUGUCAGGCCUGCCCAAAAACAUUUAAGGAGUCAUGUGCCCUAAAAAAUCAUGAGCUCUGUCACAAUGAGAAUCGGGAAAGAUUUCCGUGCGACAUCUGUAACCAAAGCUUUUUAACUACGUAUACAUACAAAAAACACAGGCUAACGCACGAAACCAACCGCAAACCAAUUUAUCAAUGUGCUCAGUGUGAAAAAUCUUUUCUUCAUAAAAAUGGUCUAACAAUCCACGAGCUCCAUCACAAGGGAGCUACGAUAGAAUGCCAAGUUUGUCAAAAACGUUAUGUGCGGCAAAUAGACCUAGAUGUUCAUUUACGCACUCAUUCUGGAGAAUCGCCAUUUGUGUGUCACCUGUGUGGAAAAUCUUUCAUCCACAAACGUAUUUUAAAUAGGCACAUGCAGUACCAUGGAUAUUUCAGUUACAAGUGCGUGAUUUGUGGUGCUAAAUUCUCCAAAUAUGAUCAAUACUAUAAUCAUCGCAUGCAACACACUGGAUUACCUUAUAAAUGUGGCAUUUGUGAAAAGCAGUUUCCAGAUGCUUACAAGUUAGUAAUAAAGAUUAAGCGUCAUAUAAGAGGUGUGCACAAAAUUGAAGAAGACAAGGAGGUGCAGAAACUCGUUGUAAGAAUAAACAUAACAAAAGAAUAUAGAGGUCGAAUAGUCGAAGUUUUGGAGAAACCAGAAGUUGAAAAUAAAUAAAAUUUUAACUCAUAUAAUAUGGUAAAA